CUUCUUCCAGUAGAGUAUUUUGGAGGAACUUGCCCCUCGGUUCUCUCGAUGCGUCGUGCAGCCCCUUCCCAACACUUGAGGCUUCCCAAGCCAGUUCCACUCCUCUUCCUCAUCCUCUUCCUCCCUCCUCUUCCUCCUCUCCCCACAUCCCCACUUCAACUUACCGCAACUCUUCUCACCUUGCAGCUCCCCGAGCGCCAACGGAGACCGCGGCAAAAGAUCACGGGAGCGCCCUCGGCCCGGAGGACAAAUCGGAGCAGGAGGCUGAGCCCCGAGGAGGAGAAGAGGAGGAGGAGGAAGAGGAGGAUGAAGACUUCGCCGAGGACGAUGACCUGGCCUACACUGAUGACCUCCGUGAUGAGAACUACCACCCGUCCCUGGACAGUGACUCGGAGCCGCAGCGACGGCAAAGCCAGACCAAAACCCGUAAGAAAGCCGUGAAGGAGGAGCAGCCCCCAAAUGAGCCGAGCCUAACCAGCUCCAGCCCACCCGAGGAGAAGAGCGGACGCGUCGGCUGCAAGAGGCGAACGCGGCCGAACGACGAGGACGUGGCCCAGAUCGGCCCCAAGAGGAUCAGGAAAGCGGCGAAGCGCGAGAUCCUCCUGUGCGACUUCGAAGGCUGCGGCAAGAUCUUCUCCAACCGCCAGUACCUCAACCACCACAAGAAGUACCAGCACGUCCACCAGAAAACCUUCACCUGCUCGGAGCCCAGCUGCGGCAAGUCCUUCAACUUCAAAAAACACCUCAAGGAGCACGAGAAACUGCACAGCGACAAACGGGACUACAUCUGCGAGUUCUGUGCCCGUUCCUUCCGUACCAGCAGCAACUUGAUCAUCCACAGGCGCAUCCACACCGGGGAGAAGCCCAACACCUGCGGCGAGUGCGGCAAGAACUUCAGCCAUAAAUCAGCCCUGGUGAAACACCAGAAAAUCCACACGGGCGACCGUCCCCACGAAUGCUCCGACUGCGGCAAAUGCUUCAUCCAACGCUCCGACCUCACCAUCCACCAGCGGGUCCACACGGGCGAGCGGCCUUACGCCUGCCCCGACUGCGGGCGCCGUUUCAGCGUCAGCUCCUCUUUGCUCACCCACCAACGGACCCACGCGCCCGGCGGGGAAAAACCCAACCGGUGCCCUCAGUGCGGUCGUAGCUUCGCCGAUCCGGAGGCUCUCGAUCGUCACCGGAAGAGUCAUUUGGGUGGGAAACCCUACGAGUGCGGCGGGAAAGCUUUCGCCUGGAGCUCCCACCUCGAGCGGCACCGGCGCAUCCACACCGGGGAGAAGCCCUUCCAGUGCGCCGAGUGCGGGCGGGCCUUCGCCUGGAGCUCCCACCUCGACCGCCACAUGCGCACCCACGCCGCCGCUGCCACCGCCGCCGAGGAUGAGGAAGAUGAGAGGGUGGAGGAAGAGCCCCCGCCGCCCCCUCAGAAAUGCGCUGACUGCGGGAAACGCCUCAACCACCAGACGGACCCUCAACGCUUCAAGCACAAAGGCACCCAGACGUCGCCGGCCGGCGCCGAAGCCGCCGGCAACCCGCCGCCGCGGCCUCACCGCUGCGAGCAGUGCGGCAAAUGCUUCGGCCAGAGCUCCAACCUCCUCAAACACCAACGCGUCCACACAGGCGAGCGUCCCUACCCCUGCCCGGAUUGCAAACGCUGCUUCCGCUGGGGCUCGGCUUUAGCCAAACACCAACGUACCCACACCCGGCAGCAACAAACCGCUGCCAAAACCGCGCCGGCGCCCGCCGAGGAAACCGGCGCCGGAGGAAACGGCAAACCUUACCCGUGCGGGGCGUGCGGGAAGAGUUUCGGCUGGGUUUCACACCUCGAACGCCAUCGCCGCAUCCACACCGGGGAGAAGCCCUUCCGCUGCGGGGAAUGCGGGCGGGCCUUCGCCGUCAGCUCCCACCUGGAACGGCACCGCCGGGUGCACACCGGCGAGCGGCCUUACCGCUGCGGCGAGUGCGGCAAGAGUUUCGCCGUCAGCUCCACUUUGUUGGCUCAUCGUCGCACUCACGCCGUUCAACCGGGACGACCCCACGCUUGCCCGGAAUGUGGGAAAGGUUUUAGUACACCGACCAGUUUGGAACGCCACCGACGGCUUCACCGUGGUGAGAAACCCUACCAGUGUGGUGUCUGCGGCAAAGGUUUUGCCUGGAGCUCCCAUUACGACCGGCACCGGCUCACCCACACCGGUGAAAAACCUUUUUCCUGCGCCCACUGUGGGAAAUGUUUCGGUCGUAGCUCCCACCGCAACCGGCACCAACGUGCUCACGCUUCUCAGGGCGGCCCGGAAAAGCGACACGUCUGUCCUGAAUGUGGCAAAGCCUUCGGCCUCGGCACGGCUCUGGCAGCUCACCAGCGACUGCACGCCGCCGGCGCCGGCACCCGCGGCAGCCCCCUCUCCUUGCUGCCGCCGGCGUGGUGGGAGGGCGAGAGGCGAGGGGGGACGCCUGCACCCCCUGAGCUCUGGCCUGAAGAACCCGGCUCUGUUUUCCAGCAGCACCCCGUGCCUUCCUCCUCCUCUUCC